AUGACUAAACUCACGAAGCUCAUUUCAUUUGUCUCUGUUCUUCCCUUGCUGCAAGCCAGCAUUAUCCCGUUUCAAACCCCUCUACGCAGCUCUUCCGACGAUGAAGACGAUACGCCACUCCCCCUCGUCAUCUGGCAUGGCCUGGGCGACAAUUACGCAGCCGAAGGCCUCGCAGAAGUAGCCUCUCUCGCCGAAUCCACCAACCCAGGCACACUCGUGUACAUAAUCCGCCUGGACGAAGACUCCUCCUCGGACCGCUCCGCAACAUUCUUCGGCAACCUAACUCUCCAACUCGAAAAAGUCUGCGCCGACAUCUCCGCCCACCCCAUUCUCUCGACCGCCCCCGCCAUCGACGCCCUCGGCUUCUCGCAAGGCGGCCAAUUCCUGCGCGGCUACAUCGAACGCUGCAGUGCUCCUCCCGUCCGGAGUCUCGUCACAUUCGGCAGCCAACAUAACGGCAUCUCCGAGUUCCAGAGCUGUGGUGCGACGGAUUGGUUGUGUAAGGGUGCGCAGGGACUGCUGAGGUCUAAUACCUGGAGCAGUUUUGUGCAGAGCAGGUUAGUUCCUGCGCAGUAUUUUCGGGAUCCGAUGCAAUACGAUGAUUAUCUUCUUUACUCGAAUUUUCUGGCGGAUAUCAACAACGAACGCGAGUUGAAGAAUCAGACGUACAAGGAGAAUUUGGCCAAGUUGGAAAAAUUCGUGAUGUACAUCUUUGAGGAUGAUACGACGGUGCAUCCAAAGGAGAGUGGAUGGUUUGCGGAAGUCAACGGGACGGAGGUCACGGCGUUGAAGGAGAGGACGUUGUAUAAGGAGGAUUGGCUAGGGUUGAAGGAGUUGGAUGAGAAGGGGGCGUUGGAGUUUAAGACGACGGAUGGGGGGCAUAUGAGUUUGAGUGAGGAGUUGUUGACGGAUGUUUUUAAGAAGUAUUAUGGUCCGUAUGGGAAGAAGUUUGAGAGUGAGGUGUGGAAGGAGGAUUUGUAG